UGCGAGCACGGGCGGGUCCGAUCGAGAUGCAAGGGAUGCGGGGGCAGCAGCAUAUGCGAGCACGUGCUGGUGCGAUCGGGAUGCAAGGGAUGCGGGGGCAGCAGCAUAUGCGAGCACGGGCGGGUCCGAUCGAGAUGCAAGGAGUGCGGGGGCGGGAGCAUAUGCGAGCACGGGCGGCGGCGAUCGGUAUGCAAGGAGUGCGGGGGCGGGAGCAUAUGCGAGCACGGGCGGGUCCGAUCGGGAUGCAAGGGAUGCGGGGGCGGCAGCAUAUUCGAGCACGGGCGGCGGCGAUCGAGAUGCAAGGGAUGCGGGGGCAGCAGCAUAUGCGAGCACGGGCGGGAGCGAUCGGUCUGCAAGGAGUGCGGGGGCGGCAGCAUAUUCGAGCACGGGCGGGAGCGAUCGAGAUGCAAGGGCUGCGGGGGCAGCAGCAUAUGCGAGCACGGGCGGGAGCGAUCGAGAUGCAAGGGAUGCGGGGGA